UCUAACUGGGUCAGUUUAAAAAACUUGCUGCUCUGCAAACAUGAAACUGUGUCACGUCUAAUCACAAUAAAAAAAAGAAGCAGCAUAAAGGAGCAGCAUCCCGUCCAGGCAACAGGUUGUGAACUGAAACCCAACCUAACAUCACACGAAACAAGGACGUGCAAAAAAUCAUUGAAGGUGAAGUUGAAGUUGAAGUUGAAGGUGGCAACAAUGCAGCGAAGAAACGGUCAAUGUCAGCCACUGGUGGCAAAUGGAGCCUGCAAGGAUGGGGCAGCAACCGAAACAGAUGGCAACAAUGCCGCAAAAACUCCAAUUCCAAUUCCCGUUGCAACUGCAACUGCAACAGCAGCAGCAAAAGCAUCACAAACGCUAUCGUCCAGCUGUGGCUGCUACUUUUCGCUGGCCUGUUCGAUUGGUUCGAUGAGUUUGGCCUGCGGCAGCUUGUGGCAAAUACCCAACACCACCGACCGCAUCACAUUGCAACGGGGCUUGUUCCUCACCUCGCUGGGAUUCAUCUACUUUAUCUCACUGACGGACUUUUGCAACAAGUAUCUGCUGGAAACGAAGCGGGGACAACAGUUUCGUCACAAAUAUCGUCUCAUGAUAUCCGAUGUUCUCGAAGUAACCAAUAAAUUUGUGUCGGCCAUUCAGGCAUCGUUCUCCUUCCUCGUCGGCCUCAUCGUCUGCAAGUCGACGUGCAGCAAGUCCUUUGUGUAUGCCUCACACUUCCUAAUGGAGGCAUACGGUUGGUUCGGCACCGCCUACUUUAUGUACGACAUCUGGUCGAUGUACAAGGUGCACACCCAGAAGAUUGCCGACAAGCUGCACUUGUUGCGUCUAACAAAAGCGCAGCCCUUGAGCAACGGACAUUCACGCAAUUAUUACGAUAAAGCUGGCAACGGAAGUGGCGGUGGCGCCACCGCUCAGCGGGGUGGCAACAACAAUGGCAGCACUCCAAGCACUCCCCACGAGAUCUGUGACUACGAUGGCGCCUGUGUUCAGAUCCCCAAGGAUGGGCGUUGGGACUUCUUGAAGUAUGUGAUCACGCAUCCGGUCAUGAUGAUUCAUCACGUCUUUAUCGGCACGUUUGGACUGCUUGUGGUCACGUACAUUCGGGGAGGCGGCCAUUGCAUCUAUAGCUACAUGUUCAUGAUGGAAUUCUCCACGCCGUUUGUCUCGCUGCGCAGCAUCCUUAGCACGAUGGGACUGAAGGAUUCGCGGGCGUAUAUCGUCAAUGGAUUGGCGAUGUUGGCCACGUUCUUUGUGUGCCGCGUCUGCAUGUGGCCCUAUGUGAUGUGGCGCUACAGUCUGGCGAUUGAUGCCACCUCGAUGUGGGCGGCCAUGUCUGGUUUGCCACGCGGUUGCAUCAUCAGCAUUGCCAUACUGUUCUUGCCGCAGCUCUAUUGGUUCUAUCUGAUGGUCAUGGGUGCGUUAAAGGUAUUUCUGCCGAAGCGACAGAAGCGGCCAGCGGAACUGAAGAAACUCAGCUCAGAAUUGCAGCCGAAUGCCUUGACAGCCACGCCCACGCCCACGCCCUUGGAGACGCCCCCCGCUGCCAUCGUGAAUGGCGGCAACAAGUAGUGCAAAUUGUCAACUUUUUGUUAAAGUUUAUACUAUAAAUAUAUGAUGAGAUACCGCAAGAGGAAAUAUUGCUUCCCCUGAACACACACAAAAACAAAAUGAAAAUGCAUAGCUAUUACGACUAUACGAAAUAUUAUUUCUAAUCCUCUAAUUAUUUUCCCUCGCAACGCCCCUUUUAAUUUGAUUGUUAAUCUCCUAUUCAUUUAUAUAUGUACAUCGUACGUAUAUUUAUUUAUGUUUAACAAAACUAAAACUCAUUUACAUUACUUUAAAAACGUUAUAUUAUACUUACGAUAUGCCGAGUUUAAGGAACUUUUUCUUCGUAGGCAGCUGAACAAUCCAAUCCACAACUAAUAAAAUAUGAAAAAAAAAAGGCAAACAGAGAGACAAACAAAAGAAAUUGUUUAACUUUUAAAGACAUUACUAAAAAACAAAACAAAAAAAACACUAUAAGGAAAAGGAGAAAAAAUGUGGUUAUAAUAAAAACGGAAAACGAAAUAAUCAAAAUGAUUAAUGCUAAUGCAUUAUCGUUUACAAAUGUCAAAAACCAAAACCUAUGCGUGUUUAUUACAUCUAUCUAUAUAUACUACAAUAUAUGUCUAAGUUGAUAUGGCGCGGGUAUUCACAUAGAUCUGGGCAGUUGUUAAAUUGUUGUUUCGUGAAGCUGAAAAGAUUGUUUCGAGGUAGUUGAUUAAAAUGUGAAUACCUCGGAGCAGUUAUUAUUAUGUAUGUUAGAUGUACAUACAUAUGCAUAUGUAUUAUGUCCAAAAGUUGAACAAUGUGUACCGUUUGCAGAACUCUCGAUAAAACUCCCAGUUCCGAAGAGUAAACAGAACCGGAAACUAUAUUCUAUUCCAUUGUAUGUACAUGUUAUACUAAAACUAUUUGCAUGUUAAUCCAACAUCCAAGAGCAUCCAACUCUGUGCUCCCAAAAACAAAAGAGGAAAUACAUAUACAUAUAUAUUGUUGUAGUAGAUGUGAUAAGGCAAACCCUCUAAAAUGUUGAAUUAAAUCAAAAACAAAAACAAAAAACCACAGAAACCCAGACUUAAGCUCUGAAAUAAAUGUUAAGGUCGAUACUUUAUUGUAUUUCCUGCAUUUCCAGAUCAAAAAAGCACAACAACAACAAAUAUAUAAUGUAUAUUUUUUGAUUUACCUUUUAUUUUUUUUAUAUGAUCGUUAAUUUACGAAUUGUUUUUAAUUUUGCCUUACAUCGUAUUCUAAUGGAGCUUAAACAGAUAAUUUAAAUGAGCACAAAUGAGUUAACUAUACUAUAUAUAUAUAUACACAUAUGUAUAUGAACAAUAUAUACACAAUAUUAUGUAUUAUUGUAUGUAUUAGAUAAGUAGUUAAAUAAACCAUCGAUCGAUGCGGCAAACGACUCCAGAAAAAAAAAACAAACAAAAAAUUAUAUUUGACAAAAACAAAACGAAGCUUAAA